AUGAAGCCCUCAUCAAUAAGCUCACUAUGGCUGGCGGGUGCUAUGAUGCCACUGGCCGCAACGGCUGUUGAUAUCGACUGGACCUCAGAAUCCUCGAUCAAGGCUGGAGCUAAAACAAUAGCAUACGGCCUGAUGAAGUAUUACACUGGUAACAACACCGGUGACGUGCCUGGCAACCUGCCGGAUCCCUACUACUGGUGGGAAGCAGGAGCCAUGUUUGGCACCAUGAUAGACUACUGGGCGUACACAGGCGACACGGAUUAUGUGAACGAGACUUUUAUAGCAAUGCAGCACCAGGUCGGUGAUGAUAACGAUUUCAUGCCCACGAAUCAGACCAAAUCCGAAGGAAACGAUGACCAAGGCUUCUGGGCCCUCGCAGCCAUGGCAGCCGCAGAGACCAACUUCCUCAACCCAAACGACACAUCAGCGGGCGGGGUGCAGUACCUCGCGCUGGCGCAGGCCGUCUUCAACGAGUAUGCCACGCGCUGGGACACAGCCGACUGCGGCGGCGGGCUGCGGUGGCAGAUCUGGACCUUCAACAACGGCUACACGUACAAGAACUCCAUCGCCAACGGGUGCUUCUUCAACAUCGGGGCGCGGCUGGCGCGGUACACGGGCAACGACACGUAUGCCGACUGGGCCGAGACGAUCUGGGACUGGAUGGAGACGGUCGGGUUUAUCGACGACAGCUACAACAUCUUUGACGGCGCCGGGUUCGGCACCGACGCGGGCAACUGCACCGACAUCGACAAGACGCAGUGGACGUACAACGCCGGCAUCUGGCUGCACGGCGCCGCGGCCAUGUACAACAUCACCAACGGCACCGCGCAGACCAAGUGGAAGACGAGGCUGGACGGCAUCCUGGCGCGCACCCAGACCUACUUCUUCCAGGACGACAUCAUGUACGAGCCCGCCUGCGAGCCUCAGGGCACGUGCACCACCGACUCGCUCAGCUUCAAGGCCUACCUCGUCCGCUGGCUCGCCGGCACCGCCCAGCUGGCCUCGUACACCUGGGACACCAUCUCCGCCCUCCUGGCCACCUCUGCCAAGAACGCCGCCCUGCAGUGUGACGGCACCGCCACCGAGGCCGACGGCUACAAGGGCUUGGCUGGCACCGCCUGUGGCCUCAAGUGGACCGAGAAUUCCACCUGGGACGGCACCAACGGUGUAGGCCAGCAGAUGGCUGCUCUUUCUGCCGUGUUUUAUUCCCAGGUCAUGGCCUGGUCCCCAGCCCUCUACUCGGAUGAUACCGGCGGUACUUCGACUGGUGAUGCCUCUGCCGGUGCUGAGAAGUCCGAGUCAUCGCUGACCACCCUUGCCGCCAUCACUACUGGAGACAGGGCUGGCGCGGCCUUUUUGACCAUGGCUACUGUGGGUGGACUGCUCGCUGGAUGCUUUUUCAUGGUAAAGGAUUGA